AUGUCUGGUCAUCAUCAUUAUCAUCAUCGUCGGUGUUUUUCAUUGAAACGAACGAGUGAAUUUGCACAAUAUUGGUUACAUGAACGUACAUCAUCCUCAUCUCGUCGACAUCAAUCGCUCAAACGCGAUACUUCAUCGAUUGUCGACAUUAGUCAGAAGAACAUUGGCCCAAGAAUGGCCAAAAAAAAUUAUGAUCUUCUAUUCAAAUUAUUAUUAAUUGGCGAUAGUGGUGUGGGUAAAACUUGUAUUUUAUUUCGAUUUUCUGAUGAUUCAUUUAAUGCUUCAUUUAUCUCUACAAUUGGUAUUGAUUUUAAAAUAAAAACAAUUGAACUUGAUGGACGUAAGAUAAAAUUACAGAUAUGGGAUACUGCCGGUCAAGAACGAUUUCAUACAAUAACUACAUCUUAUUAUCGGGGAGCAACCGGAAUAAUGCUUGUUUAUGAUGUGACACAAGCACGUUCUUUCGAAAAUAUAAAUAAAUGGCUACGUAAUAUUGAUGAUCAUGCAUCUGAUGAUGUUGUUAAAAUGCUUAUCGGUAAUAAGUGUGACAUGGACGAUAAACGUUGUAUUACACGAGCACGCGGUGAAGCAUUAGCACGUGAACAUGCAAUACCAUUUCUUGAAACAUCAGCGAAAAAUAAUGUUAAUGUUGAAAAAGCAUUUUUCGAAAUGGCAAGACUAAUACUUAAAAAGACUCCAGUAAAUUCAACUGAAGGAACAUCUGGAAUAUCUCCUGGUCUAUCGCAAGGCAAUAGACAAACGAAUCAAUCAAAUUGUAUGAAUUGCAUGUAG